CCGCACGGGAGGCGGGAGGAAUUUUUGAACGUUUUGGAAAAGAAUACUCUGUUGACAUUCAUCGUGACUGAUCACACGACUGAAUAUUUCCCGAAAGAUACCUUUUGUGAACUUCAAAGGUUUUGAAGUCAAAAGUUCGCCUUCAAAGAAUAAAUUUGCUUCUCCUCGGCACCGCGACACAACCUACCGAACGCUGUAAUGCCGUCCUCUUCUCCCGGCAUAGUAUUCAAAGGCACCGUCUUCCCUCCCAAAACGCCAAAACCACAAGCGUCUUCCAACUCCACUUUGCAACAGAGAGUCAAAGAGAGAAACCGAAACACAAGCAACUAGAGAUAUGCAUACCAUGACAUCCUUCAGUUUUUUCUUUGUGCUCAUCAGUACCCUCUUGGUGGCGCACACCGGAGCAUUUGCUCCGCACGCAUCCACGUACCGAUUGCAACCCACCACGACCRCUGGUUCCUCGACGAGUACCGCCCUUCAGAUGGGGAUCCUGAGCAGGUUCCGACGAAAGAAGAAGGUCCUCCUCGACCCGAUCGAGAUGGGUGCCCCCAUCCCCAAUGUCGAUGUCCAGAUACUGUCCGACGAGGAGAUCGUCCCUAUCGGCCUCCACGAAGCCUUGGGCAACGGAACGUCCAUUCUCAUUGGCAUGCCGGGGGCCUUUACCACUACCUGUACCAAGACCCAUCUGCCGGGGUACAUCGAACACGCCGACACGCUGAAAACCGAUUACGGAGUCGAGACGAUUGCGGUGGUCACCACCAACGACAAGUUUGUCAACAAUGCCUGGGCCAAGGAGGUGGGCCUCGUGUCGGACACGGUUGCCGACAGCGACGAAUCCACCGAUGAAGUCGACGAGGGCUCCGAGGAAGGGAGCGGCAACGAGACCGCGUCCCCUCCCGUCACAAUCCUGGCGGACGGCGAUUCCGAGCUCGUCAAAGAGCUCGGACUCGUGGAAGACAUGGGCUUCGGGGUCGGCAUCCGCUCCAAGCGCUUUGCCCUGGUGAUCGAGAACGGGGUCGCCAAGCACCUGGAAACCGACGAAGGCAUGGACGAUUGCACCAACACGUCGGCCGAGAACCUCAUGAAGGUUCUCACCCCCCUUGCCAAGGAGGAUGAGACGGCCCUGGACGAGAUGGAAAUCGAUGAGAACGCCGGUUACGUCCUGGCCGGGGUGGCCUUCCUGGUGCUCUGGGCCUACGCCUCGGCGGGAGACGGUGGCUCCGCGGCGGCGACGGCCUCGGCCGUGGCACCGGCUUCGGUAGCGGCCGCCGGCAGUGGAGCGGUCGAUACGGGCAUGAGCCUGCUGAACACCUACCGUUAAACGUGGAGAGAGGCGGGAGCUGGUCACGCCACACGGCGGUGGAUGUGGUGUGUUGUUUAUAAUUUGCUGUUGMAUAAUUGUGUAUGUU